AUGAGCGAUCCAUUAAACCCGAACAUCCAGAAACGAUCCACGCCACAAUGGGCUCUCUAUCAGAGGGAGAAUUUCUGGAAAGCAAAUGAAGGACUGACACCGCCUUUCAAUACACAUCCCAAGGCAUUAGAGGAAAAAGCGAAAGAGAAACUUAGUCUGGGCGGGUGGUACUAUGCAUCUUCUAAUGCAGGUCUUUCGACAACACACACCGCCAACCGUCAAGCCUUCUAUCGUCAUCAAAUCAUUCCUCGUAUGUUAGUCGACACCAACCUACGCGACACGACCACCGAAAUCUGGGGCCACAAAGUAUCAGCCCCUAUUGGAUUUGCUCCCAUCGGCAUCAAUGUUAUUUACAACUCAUCCGCCGAAAUACCAGUAGCAAAAGUCGCCGGCGAACUUAAUCUACCCUAUUGCCUCUCGACGGCAGGUAGUACAGCCAUUGAGGAUGUUGGAGCCGCAAACGGUGACAAGGGACCACGUUUCUUCCAAUUGUACAUGCCCCAUGACGAUGAGUUGACUAUAUCGUUAAUGGAAAGGGCUUGGAAGUCAGGCUUUGACGCCCUCAUUCUCACCACCGACACAUGGCAGCUGGGCUGGCGACAUGACGAUGUCGCUAAUUCGAACUAUGCCUUUUACCGUGGAAUGGGUGCAGGACUAGGGCUCAGCAACCCCGUAUUUCAGAAACGUUGUCGAGAGAAAGGUAUCGAUAUCAAGAAGGAUCCUGUUGCGGCGUCAACUUUGUGGAUUGACUCUAUCUGGCACGGAAGGGCAUGGUCAUGGGAAAAAAUUCCCUGGCUCAUUCAGCAAUGGAAGAGAAUCUCUAACGGUCGUCCCUUUGCAUUGAAGGGUAUCCAGUCCGUAGCUGAUGCGAAGAAGGCGGUUGAGUACGGCGUCGAUGGCAUAGUCGUGAGCAAUCAUGCUGGUCGACAGGUGGAUGGCGCAAUUGCGAGUUUGGAUGCGCUAGAGAAGAUUGUCGACGCUGUAGGUGACAAGAUAUAUAUCAUGUUUGACUCUGGAGUACGUGGCGCCAGUGAUGUGGUCAAGGCGCUUGCUCUGGGCGCCAAGUUCGUCUUCGUUGGCCGCUUAUGGGUUUGGGGACUGAGUAUUAUGGGCGAGGAAGGCGUGCGACAUGUGAUGAAGUCGUUAUUGGCAGAUUUGGAUAUUCUCAUGGCUGUUGGUGGAUUCACGAACGUGAAAGAAUUUGAUCGGUCUAUCCUCGAGUCGUAUCCAAAGUCAUACAAUAUCCUUGAGUAA